AUGCUGGAGACAAGAUCGUCAUAUCAGGAGGGAAGCUUGUGGUUCUAUGCGCCAAACAAAGGAGCUGCAAUCGCAUUUGCAAUUCUCUUUGCUAUUUCCGGAGGUGUCCAUGGCUACCAAUGCUUCAAAUAUAAAUCCUGGAAAGUCACUGGACUUCUGCCGUGGUCUGCCCUUCUGUUCACUGCAGGUUUCAUAAUGCGCACCAUUGGUGCAUUUGGUCAAUGGGAGAAUGUCGGUAUCUUUAUCGCGAGUACAGUACUACUCCUGGCUGGACCCCCCGUCUACGAAGGUGCUAACUUCUUCAUCUUGGGUCGCAUGCUCUACUACAUCCCAUAUCACUCACCCAUUCACCCGGGACGGGUUUUUACAACAUUUGUCGCCUUUGGCGUCGCUAUCGAAAGCAUUACCGCCAACGGAGCUGCCCGAGUUGCAAGUGCGGACUCCUCAGUCAGUUCACAGAAUACCGGCAAAGCACUGUUGAAGGCAGCACUCAUCAUGCAAAUCGCCUUGAUGGCAGGUUUUGUCGCUUUAGCCGGAAAAUUCCACUACAAUUGCUUCCGAGGGGGUGUGUUGAAUGAUAAAAUCAAACGUACUCUGAUAGUGCUGUAUUGCAGCUGCACGCUCAUUACGAUCCGCACCAUCUACCGCACAGUGGAGUACUUCACUGCGGCGAGUUUAAAUGCUUACUCGGACAUCGAGCACAUCAGUCCGGUUCUCAAGGAAGAGUGGUUUUUCUGGUUCUUCGAAGUCGUGUUCAUGUAUAGCAACACAACUCUUCUGAACGUAUUCCAUCCCAUGCGUUCGCUUCCACGCUCAAACAAGAUCUAUCUUGCUGAGGAUGGGGUCACUGAGAUUGAGGGGCCGGGAUACGAGGAUCCCCGCCAUUGGCUUCAGACGUUUGUUGACCCUUUCGAUAUUCAUGGAUUGAUCACAAAGCGAGGCAAGAAAGAGAAGUACUGGGAAGCGAAUUCAGCCAUGCAGCCAGCCAAGUCUGCUGUCACUGGCCAGGGGGUAUGA